AUGCACCCGCCCGAUGAAGUGCCUACCGCGAUUGUUCCCCGUACCAGGAUGCCGACGUUAGCUGAGCUCAUGAAUCCGGCCCCACCCUCUCCUGAUAAAGGUCUAUCACAAAAGCAGAGUAUCUCCAAGCCUACUGCAGUGCUCAAUAGGCCUAACGGCGAAUCUUCGGCCCCUAAAAAAUCUGGUAAUAGACGCAAGGACUCCAUCAAGGCUACAGAGCUAAUGAGGGACGGGAAGCACUUCGGCGCCGUUGAAGGAUUCAAACAUGGAGGGGAUAGCCUUCAGACUCGGCGAGUGCCACCACCUUUAUUUCUUUCUGGGAUGGCCUCUCAGCUCUCAGCUCCUUCCUACAGAUAG